AUGUCACCUUAUUCGCGGCCUAGAGCUUUUCUGAAAAGCAUCCGAAGCGUUACCUGUGGUGCUGCUCCAUUGGACAAAGGUCUCCAGGCUAGGCUACAGGAAAUGUUGCAGGAAGGUGCACCGUUUAACCAAGUCUGGAAAACGACAGAGACUUCAUGCCUUGCGACUAUGUUUCCUUACCCUGAAAAGGACGAUACCUGCUCGGUGGGACGAUUGCUCCCAAAUCUUGAGACCAAGCCUAUUGAUGAUAACAGAAAUGAGAAUUCAUCCUACGGUGUUCGAGGCGAAAUAUGCCUUAAAGGGAUGACGAUCUUCCCAGGAUAUUUUGGAAAUCCAAAGGCCAAUGCUGAAAGCUUCGACAAGGAUGGUUGUUUCAAAACCGGGGAUUAUAUUAUCGACCAGAAGAAAGAGCUGAUCAAUGUUCGUGGAUUUUGGGUCGCGCCCCGUGAACUCGAGGCUGUGCUGCUCUCUCAUCCCCAGAUUGUGGAUGCGGCAGUCAUUGGGGUACCACUUCCUCGCGGUGACGGAGAGCUGCGAAUGUUUGAAGAGGUUCACAUAUACGACUCUCCUCAUCAUUCAUGGGAGUAUCGCGAUGUGGAUGGGACUACAUAUCAAACAUUGACAGAUAUGAAAGCCUUCAAAGAGAGAUUAGGCUAUGAAAUGACCUUCAUGGAACGACGAAGACUGCUCGAUAUCCUCUUUCAAAGCAUUCAAGAUAAGUCCCGAGUGCUUUUCUCUAAAAAGGUUUCCAAGGUCUCAACGGCCGAGAGUUUUGCCACAAUCACUGCUGCGGAUGGGAGUCAAGUCAGGUGUGAUUUCGUUGCAGGCGCUGAUGGAAAUCGAACUACGGAUGCGUCUAUGGCAUAUCGUAUGCACUUCCUCAAUUAA